AGGGGCGCUGUGUUGCUCGCUCGGAUGCUUUAUCUUAGAAUGAUGCGUCUUUCUGUCGGCUGUGUCUCGGUCAAAUAAAUGAUCAACAUUUCAAUAUUUGAUUUGGAUGGGCAAGGAGGUAUAGUAGGGCGGGCCAGGCCCCAUAAGCCCCGCCCAUAAUUCCGGCCUUGCUCUGUAGCUUUAGAAUCAAGGCAAAGUUGGUUCCUGUUUCAGUCCCGCCUCAGAAUGGAACGUCAAUGUGAUUCUUGAAUGGGAAGCAUUGUUCAAGUGAAAUUUCAGAACUAGGAGCUUUUGAUAACUCCGAUAGGACGUGAUCGUGGCAUAUGUGCCAGCAAUACUAGCCUGGGGAUGAGGUUAGCAUGGAUCAAACAAAAACACCCUAAUGAUAGGUUGACAAAUAGUGCCUUCCACAAUGCAGCCUUUACGAAAAAAAGAUUGCAGUCAGAGUGCAGAAUAACGGCAGUAUGCUGCAAAUACUGUGUCCAAAAUACAUUUGUUUUUUUUACAGCAGUAAUUUUGCAAUGUAACUGCAGUUAGAGUGCAGUAUAACUGCAGUACGCUGCAGUUAUUCUGCAAUAACUGCAUUCAAAAUUCCACAGUCGACUGCAGUUACUACACUUUUACUGCAGUUUCAAAACCGCAAUCUUUUUUUAUAAGGCAGGUGAUGGCUGUAUGGUGCAGGUGGUGAGAAGCAACUGCAUUGACUUGAAGGCGACUAAAUCAAAAACUGCAUGACCUUUGAUCACAUGAGUCUGAAGUCGGACAAUUUUUAUAACCAUAAUGGUAAUGAAACCCACCUUUUUGUCACCGACUUGACAAAAGUGAUCCGCUCGAACACGCCUUCUGAUUCCAACCAUCGUGAACAUGCACAGAAACAGCACAAAUCUGACGUUGAGGAAGUGAGCUGGCAGCUGCUAGCGAGGGUUGGUUGCAUUCCGCAAGGUGACUGUAAGUGGGAAGAUGGCGGAAGUGGAUGCUGAGUUCAAAUCAAGCAGCGCGUCAAGCUAAUUUGGUGAAGACGAAUGCUCUGAAUAGACAACAGUAGUAUCGAAACUGGAACAAAACGGGAAUGGUCUAAAAUUGGAGUGGAGGAUACCUGUGUGAAUGAUAAUGAAUCGCUUCUUGUUGGGAUGCGUUUGUUGAGUAAGGAUGCAUAUGUGGGAAACCCGUUUGACGUGUCGGAAAUGGGGAAGUAUACGCUGGGAAAAGUGGAGUCUGUCAGAGUGACCAGGAGUGGUCUUAUUUUGAUUCAUUGUAUUUCUUAAGAGCAGAGGAAGAUUGCAGUGGGCCUCAAAGGAAUCCAGACAACAUAAGUUUUGUGUUUUGAACUUCGGAGUAGAGCACCUGUCAAAGGAGUAAUCUUAGGGGUGACGACGGAUGUUCAGGUUGAAUACCUGAAGAGAAUUCCUGGUGUGAUUAGUGCCCGGCGUCUGACCUGCUGGGUGAAUGGGGAAAAAGGAGAAAGUCGGUCCUAUUGUUUUUAUGAUAAAGAGCAAAUACCUACACAUGUGAAGCUUGGUUAUGUAAGAUACGCCAUAAAAGCUUUCAUCCCCAAACCACUGCAGUGUAAGGAUUGUAAAGGAUUUGACCAUGUUUCAAUUGUGUGCAGACGAACAGCGUACACUGAGGAACGGUGUGUAGAAGGACAACGAGGUAUUGCAAUUGUGGUGGGGAUCAUGAUCCUGAGUUCCUGGAGAAAACAUGUGAUGCUAGUGAAGAUACUGUAUAGUAGUGGAUACACCACAGCCUGUAGUAAAUGUUUUCUGCCAGACAAAAGAUACCAUGUAUGUUAAAAAGGUGGAUUUUGUUGCAUUCAUUGCCACCGUUAUAAACUGUACAGGGCAAAUCUCAAAGAAGUCUAAGAAACUGGACAUUAUUGUGGCUGCGGCAGAAAUGUUUUUGGGACUUAAGGAUUUUACAUCUGAAGACUUGCAAGGGGUACUGGCACCGAAAGACCCACCCUCCCCGGUUUCCCUUGAGCCUGUGUAGGGAUCAGAUCUGUUUUAUUGUUUUUACAGAAAGGUUGUUUGAUAUAGUUUUAUCUUAUUUAUUUUCUUCUUUUUUUUGUAUUUGGUAGUUUGUUCAGUUUUUGGGGGGAAUCCUGUUUCCAUCCAACAUAAAACGUAGAAUAAAUUCUGUGAUUGUCAAUAUACCGAAGAAGAAGAAUAACAAGAAGAAGCUGCUAGCAAGCUAACUUCAAGGACAAGAGAUGCAAAUUGUUUUGCUCUCAAGAAAAUGGCGCCAUUCAAAGGAGUGAUUACUGGGGUAGGGGUAAAUGGAAAAAUUGACCAACUGAAGGGGAAGAUUCCCGGUGUUUGUGAUGCUCGUUGUUUGGUGCGAUACAGACAGGGCGGCGUGACUUGUGGAAUAAGAGUUGUCAAAUCAAAUCAAAGUUUACUUGUCACAUGAGCCGAAUACAACAGGUGUGGACCUUACAGUGAAAUGCUUACUUCCAGGCUCUAACCAAUAGUGCAAAAAAGGUGUUAGGUGAACAAUAGGUAAGUAAAGAAAUAAAACAACAGUAAAAAGACAGGCUAUAUACAGUAGCGAGGCUAUAAAAGUAGCGAGGCUACGUACAGACACCAGUUAGUCAGGCUGAUUGAGGUAGUAUUUACAUGUAGAUAUGGUUAAAGUGACUAUGCAUAUAUGAUGAACAGAGAGUAGCAGUAGCAUAAAGAGGGGUUGGCGGGUGGUGGGUGGCGGGACACAAUGCAGAUAGCCCGGUUAGCCAAUGUGCGGGAGCACUGGUUGGUCGGCCCAAUUGAGGUAGUAUGUACAUGAAUGUAUAGUUAAAGUGACUAUGAAUAUAUAAUAAACAGAGAGUUGCAGCAGUGUAAAAAGAGAGUAGCAAAUAUGCAAAUAGUCUGGGUAGCCACUUGUUUACCUGUUCAGGAGUCUUGGCUUGGGGGUAAAAAACUGUUGAGAAGCAUUUUUGUCCUAGACUUGGCACUCUGGUACCUCUUGCCAUGCAGUAGUAGAGAGAACAGUCUAUGACGGCACCGCCUCGUGUAGAGGUCCUGGAUGGCAGGCAGCUUAGCCCCAGUGAUGUACUGGGCCAUACGCACUGCCCUCUGUAGUGCCUUGCAGUCAGAGGCCGAGCAAUUGCCGUACCAGUUGUCUGUUCUCUUUUAGUUUUGAUGUUGAGUCUUUGCCUGACAAAGUGAUGUUAGGAUAUAUAAAUUAUCCCAUACAAGCAUUUGUGCUGAAUACAUUACAUUGUUACAGGUGUCAAGUUUCUGGGCAUGUGGCAGCAGUAUGUAGGAAGGAGGUUACUAGGUGUGAGAGGUGUGGAGAAAGGCAUGAGACAAAGGAAUGUGUUGCAUUGGGGAAAGUAGUGGUAUGUGUCAAUUGCAGGGGUGCCCAUGGGCCUGGGGUUCAGAAAUGUCCGGUGCGAGAGAGGCAGGUUGAGGUUUCCAGGGUUAGAGUAGAGCAGAAGUUGUCAUAUGCUGAGGCAGUGAAGAAAGUAGAGGAAGAUGGGUCAAGCGGGAGGGAUCCUGAGAGAAGUGGUGUGAGUAGUAGAUCUGUACCAGUACAGAGGGAUAAACCAACAAGUGAUAUAUGCUUCAGUAAGAUUGCAUUUUUAGCAAUUUAUGCAAUGGUUAUCAACUGUACUGCAGGGAUGGAACAUAAGUCACAGAAAAUUGAGGUUGUGGUGGCAGCUGCAGUGGGGUAUUUUGGUGUACGAGACUUGACGUCAGAAGAGUUACAGGGUGUGUUGAGUGGUGGUGUCUUGUCCUUUCAGGCUGUUGGCCUGAGGUAGGACUAGGUAGAUUGAAAUAGUGGAGUAGGGUGGUGGGUUUUUAGUGAGUGUAGGGUAUUUGUAGAUUUUAUGUUUUAUUUUCAAGCAAAGUAUAAGGGAGUUAUACUCCAGUCUAGUAGGUGGCGGUAAUGUAACAUUUAUUGGAUGCCAACCGCCGUUAAACCUUAUUGACGAAGAAGAAGAAGAAGAAGAAGACGAAGAAGCUAACUUCAAAACAAUACGUUGUGGAGCACACAAAAUGGUUCCAUCAAAUCUUGGGGAAGAAAUGUCUACUGAACUAGCGUUACCACCUGAAUGGGAGGACGAUGAACGGAUGAAUUUCCUGUUCUCUGACUUUAAAGAAAACCGAGAUGUCAGCACAACAGAUUGGGACAGUAAAAUGGAUUUCUGGACAUCACUCAUUCUUAAGAUCUGCAGGAGUCGCGGAACCGUCUGUGUUCAUUUGCAGGAGCUGAACAAGAUUUUUCAAAGAAAGGGAAUUAUGCCUUUGGGUUUGGCUACUGUCAUUCAGUGCAUGGCCAGGUGUGGCAAGAUACAAAGGGAGUCAGAGUUUGCCACAAAUGUAGACUGUGGGUGGGUGUCUUGGGGUGUUGGCCUGUUGUUGGUAAAGCCUUUAAAAUGGACCUUUUCAACUCUUCUUGGUAGCAGUGUGGUUACUUUGAAGGAGUUGUUUGUUGUCAUCGAACUGGUAAAGGAGAAGGCAGCAGAAUUGCUUGGUGUCUACCGGAGCUCCCCAGUGGCCAACCACUCUCUCCUGUCCUUCCAGGAGCUCCGUACACUGUCGUCCCAUGUCUGUGUUGACGAGAGUACCUUGUGUAUGGCUCUGCUACAGCUGCAGAGGGAGAAGCAGGUGACAGUAUCACUGCAUGGAGGCGAGAAGAUUGUGAAGUUUUCUCAGCCAGGACAGAAUCAUGUGUCUCCUGUCAGUGAUGUAGACCUAGGCAUCUACCAGCUCCAGCGCAGUGAGGGACUGCUUGAAGAGAGGGUGGAGGCAUUGGGACUAGAGGCAGAGAAGUACAAAGAAGAAGCUAGGGUGUUGCUGCGGGAAGGGAAGAAAUCUCAGGCUCUAAGGUGUUUAAGAAGCCGAAAGAGAGUCGAGAAGAAAGCAGACCACUUAUAUGCCCAGCUGGAAAAUGUGAAGGGAAUCCUAGACAAGAUAGCAAACUCACAGACCGACAAACUAGUGAUACAGGUGUAUCAGGCUGGAGUGUCAGCCCUGCGACUCUCUUUGAAGGAUGUGACAGUAGAAAGAGCUGAGAGCCUUGUGGAUCAAAUCCAAGAGUUGUGUGACACUCAGGAUGAAGUGAACCAAAUUCUGGCUGGUGGAGCACUCAACUCAACGGAUGCAGACACAGACGGGCUGGAGGAUGAGCUAAGAUUUUUAUUGGAGAACUCUAGUCUGGAUGAGCCUUCUACGCUACCUGAAGUACCAUCACACCCUCUUUCACCUGUCAGGGAAUCUGGUUCUCUUUGUGAUGAUCUGCUGAGCGCUUUGCCCUCAGUCCCUCAAAACCACUUCAAUAUAACAGGUGAUGAACUGGACAAAGCGCGUAGUUGCAUAACGCUUGCAGAUACAGGUCUUCAACAAAAAUAUCGUACCUCUCCAGUGAAGAGGGCUGAGCCUGCACAGUGACAACAGUAAUAAAAUAUGUUAACUGCACUAACCAUCCCUGACCCUCAAAAUGUGUCUGGGCAUGGUGAUCAAAAAUAAUUGCAUGAUAUGUCUUUUGUAACAGGUCUGUGAUCACUUUUUUUUAAAGGGGGUAGAUCAGCUUUAAUAUUGCAGAUUGUAGCUUCCAUCAACGUAAUUGUCAGCAUCCCUUCCAAUCCGCCAUAUAUUGUUUUGUGUUUUUGAAAGCAAAAAAUAAAUAAUUGUCCCUAUAAAAUAACAUCAAAUUGAUCCGAAAUAUAGUGUAGACAUUGUUAAUGGUCUAAAUGACUAUUGAAGCUGGAAACGGCAGAUUUCUUCUUUUUUUAAAUGGAAUAUCUAGAGCCCAUUAUCAGCAACCAUCACUCCUGUGUUCCAAUGGCACGUUGCGUUAGCUAAUCCAGGUUUAUCAUUUUUAAAAGGAUAAUUGAUCAUUAGAAAACCCUUUUGCAAUUGUUAGCACAGCUGAAAAAUCUGCUGUUUCCAGCUACAAUAGUCAUUUACAACAUUAACAAUGUCUACACUGUAUUUCUGAUCAAUUUAGUUAUUUUAAUGGACAAAAAUGUCAUUUUCUUUCAAAAACAAGGACAUUUCUAAGUGACCCCAAACUGUGUGUGUAUAUGUAGAUAGAGAUAGAUAUAUAUCUCUAUCUUCUAAAAAAUAUUUUCCUUUAUUGCUUUCUACCCUAUCACCCCUCCCCUAAUUGAAAUAAACUAGUGAACAACAAC